CUAUAAGUUACCCCGAAUCCUACAAUAAUAUAUGAAUCUUGCUUCUUUCUCCAUUGUCAGUGCAAGUGUUUUGUUGGAGGUGAAAAAGUCUCUUUUCAGAUACAUAGUAUUAGAAGAGAAGAGAAAGAUUUGGUGGUGAAUUUGACAAGAGACAAAGCAAAAAGCAAGAUUAUAUAUGGACGUCUCAUCAUAUGAGACACUAGCCUAGGCAUGUGGUACCUCUGGUUUCCCUACUCAACUGCACAUCAAGUUUCUGAGAAUCUGAGGUCAUUGCUGCAGCCCACACUUGAACCUCCUCUCUCUAUAUAGGGCUGUGAGAGCACACAACUCAUACUCACACACUCUUGUGAGAUAUUCAUCACAGUUGAGCACUACUCUCAUUGUUUCAGAGCGACUUAAGCCUUUUUUUGUAGGUGGGUGCUUGAAAGAUUUUGUCAUCAUGGGGUUCAAGAUCACGGCUCUAUUCCUUUUGGGAUUUCUUUUCAUAUCCUGCAGCUUGUUACGAGCCUACAGUCAAGAUCAAAUUAUAAACAAAGCAUUACAAGUGGACCAUCCAGCUGCUUCUACAACUGAUGAUUCAUUCCUUCCAUCCUUUGGAAAACACAAGGAGUUUGGUAGCAGAAAAUUAUUACUGGAAGGGGAAGCAUUGACAGAGAAGAAAGUGGGCCGUAGCAGCAAUGAUAAGGGUGGUGCUGUUAAGUCACCUGAAGCCAGCCAUGUACAUGCCUCCAAGACUGGGUCUGACGAUGAGUUGACAGAGAAACAGGCUUCUUCCAUUUGGACAACUAGGGCAAUACAAGUGGUCAAUGCAGAGGACCAAUCCAACUUAGAGAUGAAUGAAGAGCAAGGCAUGAGGACAUCUUUGAAAUCGUUCCUGAGCAGCCUUCUCAAAAAAUUACACAAGAGGGCAUCAGUGGUAAAGGCCUCCUCCAAGAAGCAAAUGUCUGGUAGAAUUCUUGCUUCUAAGAAUGUUAUUCCAGAUUCAAAUACUAAGAAGCUUAGCCCUGCAAGUCCAGCUCCUCCAGAAACAUCUCAUCCAUUUAACUCACAUUCAACACAAUCAACUGAUGAUGAUAAUGGAGAGAUUACAAGAAUGGACUACACUCCUGCUCAGAGAAAGCCCCCUAUUCACAAUGAGUCAGCACCAUAAAUGUGAUCAAUCAAUACAAAUAAUACUCAUAAUCUCAGGAUGCACCAUCUUUUCACCUUAUAGGAUUAGCCUACUGUAAAGAAAAUGAGUGAGACAAUGUGUAUAAGAGAGUCAUAUAUGUCAUAUAUAGAUAAGGACCCAUAUUUUAUGGUCUCUUAGGUUACUUCAACUGAGGGCCAUAAUUCAACCAUACUUGCAGUGCCAUUGUGGGCUAUUAUCCCAUUGUCAAUAUGUGACACUCCUUUCCAAAAAGAAAUACAAUAUCUGUGUGUUUUACUUA